CCAGUUUUUGAAUAUUAAAGUACCUAACAUAAAUAUUUUGACUCGAUAAGAUAAACAUUUUAUUUUAUAAUAUUAGUCAUUAGAUGUAUACCUACUGCUUAUAUUAAUUCUCGAUUUUAACACAAAAACUGGAGAGGGAUGAUAUUAGAAGCCGAUCAACAUCGAUUAGUAUUCGAUUCGUCUUUUUAUCUUUAUGUAUUAGUUAAUGAAACAAUGAAUAUUAAUAGUUAAAAGCUAUUAAAAUACUUAUCCCCUAUUUUAAAUUUAAAUAAUGAUUAAGACUUAAUUGACAGUUUAUUAUAGAAAGUAUUUCUAUAAUUAGGUAUAUGAAAAGUAGAAACAUUUUUAUGAAGUAUCAUUUUAGUUAUUUGCAGUAGAAUAAAUAGUAUUUAGUAAUAAUUAUUACCUAUGCCAUGAAUUAUGAAAUCGCAUCAUAAAAUAUGUUCUGAGUUUCUGACGUAGGUAUACUGGUGUACUGGUGUAUAUAAAAAUUAAGUUGUGGAGAACUUAUAGUAAAUAAAAUAUUAUAUUCGUGAAUACUGAAUACUGCAUAGACGUAGUUAGGGGGGGGGGGGUAAACUACUGAACUUGGCUUUAAGUAUACCAAUUUCUUCAGAGUCUUUGUGAACGGUCUUUUUUAACCAUGCGAAGAAUUAAUACUUAUAAUUUAUAUACGCUCCAGUGCUCCACCAUGAGUCAUGAUCGUUUUUCGUCUUUAGCUAUUGUCAAUAUUCAAAGAGAUGUAUCAAAUAGUAUCAAUUCUGAUGAUAUUUUAGUGAUUUAAUCUAAAGAAAAAAAUAGAAUAUUUUAAUAAAAUCUUAGAUUGUCACACGUCAUUUGUAUUUUUUGAUGUAUAUUUGUGGAUGUACACUGGUUGCCGGUUGUGGGGGGGGGGACAAAGCCCUUCACCAGUCGUUACAUGUCUGCCCCUGGAAGGACUAAAGCUAAACCCCCAAAAAAUUUGACCACCCUACGCCUAUACUGAAUAGUGAAUAGUAAUGUAACCCAUUAAUACCUACCAGUACGUUUUAUUGUCUACUGCACGAACUAGGAUAGUUCUCACUUUCUCAGUCCGGGGUGGUCUACGACCAAAAACGUUCGCGUUACAGCAAUGUCACCAUACUACUAUAGUACUAUAGCAAAUUCAAUGCCCACUGUUAAAUAAUAUUAUUAAAUAUCAAGGUUCUCGAGUAACCUGACCACCUGAGCCUGGGUUACACGCACGAAUUAAGAUAUAUAUUAAUAUGUUGAUGUAUAUUUUAAUUCGUGGUUACACGCUAGGUCAUGUUUAUAUUCAACUUUAUAGUAUACUAGUAUGUAUGCAUAUAUAUCCACAAUACAGGUAUAAUUUAUUAUUGUAAAUUGUAAUACACUCUACAGAGCCAUGCGCCGUACGAAUACAUUUAAUUUCUAUUUAUAACUUUUUAUCACAACUGUUGAUACCAAUUAAUAAUAGCGUCAGUGCCUGAUAUAUUAUAUUAUUGUACAUUUAUACGUAAGUAUGAGAAAUGUAAUAAUAAUUUUGGGUAUUACCUAAACAUUAUUGUAUAAUUUUUUCCGCCAAACGUUAUUAUUGGAUUUUGUUGUCGACCGUCAUCCAUUUAUCUUCUUCCAUCCCGGCGUCCUGCGUGCCCUCGUCCACAUUUCAGUUGCUCGAGACGCAGACGGCAGUGGUUCGGUGUGCACUGUGCACUGUGCGAAAUGGUUUCUCGAUUUUCAAUAUAAGUGUGUCCCUUGUGCACGAUUUCGGGACGGCGUGCGUAAGAGGCUUGACGGACAUUAUUAAAGAUUACUAUUCAACAGUCGCGAUGAUGGACACCGAUUCCAGCGACAUUUCUUCCACGAGCGAUGUCAAUGAAUCGGACAUCGACUUCGAUACACCGAACACCACAGACAUGAAGUUCAGUGACGUCAGUGAUGAUCCAUGUGAUGAACGUCCGAUUAAGAACGUUUCAUUCGAAAGAAAAACAAACCGAGCCCUGAGAUCAUUCGACCAAGAUUCCCUGUCGUCGCCUUCAGAAAACGAAUUCGACACUGUGUCGUUGUCUUCAUAUGUUUCGAGUUUUGGAAAUACCCAUCAGUAUGAUAAUAAAUGUGCCGUUGUCUUGUGUAAUGCAAAUGCAAGAAACCAGUUUGAUAGAUUAUUUUUUCUCAACUUUCCCAGAGAUAAUAGAAGUCUUUGCGAAAUUUGGUGGAGAUUAUGUGGACACAAUGGUAUGUUUAAUCCUAUGUCAAAGAUAUGCUCAAUACAUUUUAAGGCCGAUGAUUUUACUUCUAAUGUGGAAAGAAGAGAUGGCAAACUGUAUAGACAAACUAUACUGAAAAACAAUUAUAUUGUACCAACUCUUUAUUUACAAUCAUAUGAGUAUUUAAAGUUUACAAGGAAACGAAAAAAACCGGCUUAUGAUGUUCGCAAAUUACCAAGGAAGUCAACAUCAGUUUAUGUAUGUGUAAUUCAAGGCUGUAAGAAAACAUCUUUAAAAAAUGGGAAAAAUACAUUAUUUUUCAAAUUUCCACUUGAAAACAAGUUUCUGCUUAAAAAAUGGUUAAAUAUUAUUGGAUUACCAUAUUGGAAGCCAUUAAAAUCUAAUAGAAUAUGCUCUGAUCAUUUUGAAAGUUAUUACAUAACAAAGGUUGCUAAUAUUUUUCAACUUCAUAAGUUUGCAGUCCCAUCAAUAAAACCGAAAAACUUGUUUAACCAUGAAGAUUACAAUAGAAGACAGCUCAAUGUUAAUGAUCAUAUAAAUCCAAGUGAAUUUAAUAGGCUGGAAUUUAAAGUUGUAGAUAAAAAUACUUUGUUAGUCAAAGAAAAAAAAAUAAAACAAAGUAACGAUGGAAGAACUAUUUUAUUAAAUUCAUUGGAAAGUAAAAUAGAUCAACAACUAAAAAAAUAUGAUAAAAUGCUUGAAACAACAACCCUUUCAAAUUCAACAGUAAUAAAUAACAACGAUAAAGAAAAACAUUUAUUAAAUUCUUCAGCAAAAUGCAAUAAAUCAAAUAUUGAUGAAGUUUUGAACAAUGUCGAUGAUAUUAAGGAAUUUCAGUCCAGAGAGAAGACUACUCAAAUCCUACAAUCUCUAAAUUCUUCAACAAAAUGCAAUAAAUCAAGUAUUGAUGACAUUUUGAAGGAUGUCAAUGAUGCCAAAGACUUUCAACCUACAGAGAAGACUACGCCAAUACUGCAAUCAUUAAAUUCUUCAACAAAAUGCGAUAAAUCAAAUAUUGAUGAAGUUUUGAAUGAUGUCAAUGAUAUUAAAGAAUUUCAACCUAAAGAGAAGACUACAUUGAGUUUAACAAAACAAUAUCUAGAAUCAUUUGAAAAAGAAAUUGCAAAAGAAAGAGAGAACAUGGAUGUGAAUAUGAAUAAUAAUGAUAUGGAUUUAGAGUAUGUCUAUUUGGACAUAUUAAAUGAUGUAAAUAUGAAUGCAAGUAUGAUGGAAGUUCAACCUACAUGUGAUACAAACAAUAGUUUAAAAGCUGCAUUGGAAUUUGAAACAAAUACAAAUGGUUCAAAAAAUAUGUCUGUAGAAACAAUAAAGACAAAUUUAUUAUUUGACGAUAAAGAAGCGAUGAAUAAAAUUUCAAAUAAUAAUGAAUUAGAUUUGGAAUAUGUUUAUUUAGGUAUGUUAAAUGAUGAAAAUAUGAUUGGAGUACAACAUUUGUAUGAUGCAAAUGUUAAUACAAAAGUUGAUGCAUGUGAUGCAACCGAAAUAGGAUUUGAAACAAAUAAAAUAAAUUCAAAAAAUAUAAUUGAAGAAUCUAAAAAGCCUAAAAUUGAAAAGUCAAAAAGAAAAAUUGUUGAAGUUGCAGAAACUCCAAAAUCUAUUAUUUAUGAUCAAGACUUAACAGAAUGUUAUGGUGAAAUACUUCCACCUUAUUGCGACCCUGGUUGUCAACUAAAAUGUUAUUAUUCUGUACCUGGUCCCCAACGAAGACAAAUUUUCAAUCAAUUCCAUAUGUUGCAAAAUGUGACUGAACAAAACUGUAAAAUUGCUGAAUUAGUACAAGUGAUUAUGGUAGAAAAUUCAAAUAAUAAUUUUGAGAGUUGUGUGACAUUCCACUUAAGUAUGAAUAAAGAGUCUGUGAAGGUGUGUCGAAUGUUUUUUAUGAAUACAUUGGGUAUUCCUGAUCAUCGCCUCAAUGCCGUUUUAAAGCCAGUCAGCUACAGUUGGUAUUCUAACAGUGAAAUUGCAAUGAAAGCCAACCAACCAGCUCAGGAAAAAGUAAUUUGUGAGCAGAUAAUUAUCACGGAUUUCAUGAAAGAAUCUUUAAAACUGUUGGACAAGGACUAUAAUUUAUAUGAACCCGAGAGUGAUACCGAAGUUAGUCUAGAAAAUGUGUCUCUCGAAGAACAAGAAAAAGUGUUGAUAUAUAUAAAAAGUAUUCCUAGAGUUAAGUCCUCGAUCAAUAUCCCUGGCAACUUAAGGAAACAAAUGUUUGAAUCUAGAAUUUGUGUGGCACAUAUGUAUAAAACAUAUUCCGAAAAUUAUAUUUCAAACAAGAUUCCACCGCCAUUGACAAAACGCCAGUUUCAAAAAAUCUACAACCAGUAUAUGAAGUCUCAUUUAAAAAUUGUUUAAAUCCAGAGUUACAUAUUUUAUUUGUGUUAUAUUUAUACACAUGCAGUUUUAGGAAUUACCUAUUUCUUGUUUGUGUUAUUUAUUGAUUAGUUUUAAGUUCAUUUAUUUUAUCAUUUUAGUACAUACAUACUAACAUUUCAUUAUUUUACGUAAUAUAUAACUUUCAGAAUU